AUGGGAGUUCUGGUACGCGCCAGACUGCUCUUCCUGCUGUCUCUGUCCAUGGCACAAGCAGCCUUGGACGACAGGAUCAUCGGUGGCUACUUCGUGACUCCGCAUGCCAUCCCCUACCAAGUCUCCCUGAGAGGACUAAGAGGACAUUACUGCAGUGGGACCUUAAUCCACCCGUCCUGGGUGCUGUCGGCAGCACAUUGUUUCAGGUCGAGGAAUAUGGAGGUGGUUGCUGGCGAGCACACUUUGUACAAGUCGGGGGAGAACGAGCAGAGGUUCAGGGUUGUGAGGAUCAUCGUUUACCCCUAUUACGACCCCUCCACCUUCAACCACGACAUCAUGCUUCUGAAGCUGGACGGAUCGGUGGUGCUGAACGCCUUCAUUCAACCCGCCGUGAUGCCAACCACCCGUCACAUCGUGGCCUCGUACACCAUGUGCACCGUCUCUGGCUGGGGCCUCACCAGCCUCAGCAGUUACCGUCUCUCCAACGUGCUCAAGGCUGUGAAGGUCCCAAUCGUCCCCAGGUACAAGUGCAAUGCCGCCUCCUCGUAUGCUGGUAAAGUCACCCACAACAUGCUGUGUGCGGGGAGCAGAGGCAAAGACUCCUGUCAGGGAGAUUCUGGAGGGCCUUUGGUAUGUAAUGGAAUUCUUGAAGGAAUCGUGUCCUGGGGGAUCAGCUGUGCACAUUAUAAGUAUCCUGGCAUUUACACCAAAGUAACCAAUUAUUAUAAGUGGAUAGGCAGAAAAAUACGGAAAUGUUGA